GACUGUUGCCCUUGCUCCUCGUCCAUGGUACUACUGCCGUGCUACUUGCCUUGCGUCAGAUUGAAGGUCGAACGGCACUGCAUCAUCGUUUCUUGCCCAUCACUGGCACGGAAGACGGCCCGUCACCGCACCGCGGCCCGUGCACAACGCAUGGCGCCACUGUCAGCGGCUUCAACGACGCGUGCUCAUGUGCGGCUCUUCAUUGCAUCCACCACGAGCCGAAGGUCAACAGGGCAAUCGAGGCAAAGAGCACAUUCGCCGCCGAGAUGAAGUCAUCGCAAAGAGAGCACGAUUUGCUCUCUUGCUUCCUAACCUUCAACAUCGACCCAACGACCGUGCCAACAGGCCAUUCUCGCUACCACGUACCGCUCGCAGACGCAGCAACGACGCAAUAGCACCAAAGCAGCAAAGAUGCAGUCACGCACCGACUCGCCUUGGGCUGCAGUCAGCACAUUCAUGGCCUUCGCUGCCAUCGUUGCUCCUUUGGCCAUGAGUGCUGUUGCGAGCCAGUCGUGGAACCCAGCUGCGACCAGUUACGAGGCUUCUCUGGCCGCCUUGUCGCCCAAGUGUGCCAGCGCACUCAAAGGCGUCUACGCAGACAAAGAGCUUGACCGCUGCCUCAACUUCAGCGGACAGAGGAACUUCACGCAUCUCUUCUUCGACAACCGUCAGAACCAGAGCCUACUCCAGAAUGCUGCCAUCUUUUCGGUCGACGCCCUCUGCGGUCGCCCCGCCUGCUCGCAGCAAUCCAUCCAGAUCAACCUGCACGCCCUCAGCACCUCGUGCACUCAGCAGGACCUCAACAAGGAGAAGUCACCCGCAGGCUUCCUCGUGUCAGGCAUGUCCUCCUACACCGCUAUCCGCACCGCAGGCUGUCUCACCAACAACACCGCUUUCGAGAAAGCCGACAGCUCAAUCAAUGGCCAUCCGCUCUGCUUUGCCCAACUCUUGGAUGGCGUAGAGAGGACGAAGGGCGUCACAUUUGACCUGCCCACCAUGAAUCUCCUCUUCAAGGGCGACCAGGGACUUUUGGCGAAGGUACUGCGCAAACCUGAGUCAGACCAGGAUCGUCACGUCCAGCUGGCUGCCUUCUGCAAUGACUGCUUGAAGGCAGAGUAUUCAUUGGUCAGGGACGUGAAGAACAGCAAGGUCAAGAAUGACUUUGUCAAGACGGCCAACGAUCUUUGCGGACCCAAUUUCCUCAACGACAAGUACCCACUCCCCAAGACGGUCUCACAGUCAGCAGACCACGACCUCGCCGCAGCAGGCGGAAGCCAUGGUAUCGGGAGCUCUUCUACCACCGGCAGCGGUAUGGGCGGCAUGGACAUGGGCGGCAGCUCUGACCCUGGCUCUACGUCGAGCGCCAAUGGUACGACCAAUGGUGCCGACAACACCGUCCAGUUCAACUCAACUGAUGCUCCGGCCACUACGGAUCCCACUACCAACGGCACGACAUCACAGGCCGCCACUAAGGCUAAUGGGGCUGCGCCUAGCGUCAGACAUUUGCAAACGGGGAUGUUGCUGGACGUGCUCCUCUUCACUGUUGCGCUGGCUGUGGGACCCACGCUCCUCAUCUGAGCGGAGCAGGAGGGGCGAGCGGGUGGCCCAGCUGCUCGUAGCGUGAGCAGAGGGAUACAUGGACAGAUGACAUAGCCUCGCGCCUUCCCUUCUCAAACUCUUCUUUGACUCUGCCCCUUCGAAUUGUGGUCUCGAAUCGUUGAUCAUUCUCUUCACAAUCAAUUCGAAUGACGCCUCAGCUUGCCUGCGUUGCUAAGUCGAAGGGCCACGGCAAUAUGAUGGAGACGGUAAGCACCGACGGCUACGGCCCCUGAGAAAGCGGUACGAAACGCUGCAAUUCAAACGGCUAGCGACAGAGCGGUCCGAUGGUCGACCGUCUGUCAAGCGCACGUUUGUCU